AUGCCGCUUCAUCUUCUUGGCAAGAAGUCAUGGAACGUCUACAACCCCGACAACAUCGAGCGCGUCAAGCGCGACGAAGCCCAGGCCAAGGCCCGUGAGGAGGAGGAUGAACGUCGUAUGCAGGAGGUCGAUGCCGAGCGUCGGAUUCAGAUAUUGCGAGGAGAGCGCCCAUCUACACCACCUCCACCACCGCCUUCGCAUCGUUCAUCAGAAGUUCAUAGUGGACCAAAUAGGGCACAUCCCGAUGAUGCAGGGCGGUACAGGAAAAGGCGGCGCCUUGCAGGGGAGGAUGACACAGACAGGGAUAUCAGAUUAGCCAGAGAGGAUGCGGUGCAUGCUGGUACCAAGCGAGAUGAACUCGCUCUUACUUCCAGCCGAAACGGCAAAGGUUCACAGGCACCGAUAAUGGAUCAUGCGGGCCACAUCAACCUCUUCCCUGAUGAGGGUGGCAACAAGAAGGCAGAGAAGAAUACCGAAGCCGAAGCCGAAGCCGCGAAGAAGAAACAGAGCUAUGAAGACCAAUACACGAUGCGAUUUUCCAAUGCCGCAGGCUUCAAGGAGAACGUCGGUCGCCAGCCAUGGUAUUCAUCUUCCAGUCAGAAUGUGGCUGCUCCAGAUUCAAUGCCAGACAAAGACGUCUGGGGAAACGAAGACCCAAGGCGCAAAGAACGGGAGAAAGUGCGCAUGUGUUCCAAUGAUCCCCUUGCAGCUAUGAAACGUGGUGUUCGGCAGUUGAAAGCUACGGAAGAAGAGCGGAAACGGUGGAAUGAGGAGAAACGGAAAGAAUUUGAGGCACUGAAAGCCGAAGAACGCCAUCGCUCAAGACAUCAUGGGAGAAGACGAUCGGUAGACAGUCUGGAAGGCUUCAGUCUUGAUGCACCCGCCACCAGAGACCGCGAUGAGAAGGAGCAUGGAAGUUCCCGGCGGCAGCACCGACACCACCAUCGGGAUCGAAGUCGGGAUCGCUCACAUCGCCGAUCGCAUCGCUCUUCGGGCCAGUCUAGCCGCCAGCAUGAUAGGACGACCCAUGGAGAUGAACGGCGUCCCCGGCAGUCAGGGAAGAGCUCGGCUUCCUAG